AUGAACAUCGAAGAAGUAGUGGUGAAAGAAGAAUGUCCGACUGAAGAAGAGGAAAAACCCGAAAUAAAAAUCAAAGAAGAAGUUGAAGAUGACAGGUCGACGCCAAGUAACUCUGAGCAAACCGACGACUACACUCCAAUCAUGAGCCAGAAAGGCCUCCGACUCUUCUACGACGCCAAGAACUACGAGUACCGGUUCUGCAAUGCGAAGCGCGAUUGCACCUUGGUGGGCAGAAUCGACGUCCCGAUAAGAUGCACGACUCGUCACUGCAAAGGAAAAGCCGUCUGCCUCCGUUCUGAAGACGUCAUUCUGAAAGCGGAGCACGACCCGCCACAUGCUCCUCCAGUGGGCAAGAAGGAAAGAAGAGUGGCUAUAGGACGUCUGAAGCUCGACCGGAUGAGCGGAGUAACUACAGAAGACGCCGUCAGAAGUGUGGUGGCCACUUUGCCCAAAACGAACAUGCCUUCAAAGUCGGCUCUGACUAGAAUCGCCCAGAGAGCCAGUAGAACAUGCCUGCCUCCAAUUCGCGGCAGCACGUCUUUGGGCAUUUUUGAGCCUCAUAUGAAGAGCGUUCUCAGUCGUCCUCCGGAAAUCGUUGGAAGCUUCAGUCGCACGCGAGGGCUCGACAGUGUGGAUGCUCAUCAAAAGAUGCCCGAAGGUUCUGAGAAGAAGGUCGACGAGCGCAUGGUCACCAUUUAUCAAAACGCCAGCAAGUAGGGUUCACUUUUCUUUUUUUUUUUGAAUUUUUUAGUUUAUAGUGAUAAGUAAUUGAUUGACCCUAGGGGUGAAAAACCAAAAUAAAUCUUCUGGAAAAAAAAUUCAAGUCUUCUGGUUACUUUUUUGAGUAUGCUUGAUGUCUUCAGUUAUGACUUGAAAGUUACUCAAAAAGAAGAAAAAAACUGGAUCAAUUUACAGGUUCCGCCAAAUGCUCGCUCGUCCUCUUGAUAAGCCAUCCCCUUCAAUUACUUAUGGAGACGGCCCUAAGCGCAUUUCGAUCAUCGGCAAGAACGGAAUCAGGAGCGCGCCUUAUCCUCCUGUCGCCACAAUUUCAAACGGUCAGUUCAUCUUAUCUUUUUAUUCUCUGAGUCUUUCUUCUUUUUUAAUUUUUAGGUUGAUUCCUCCUUUUUUCGCACAAAAGACUUUAUGCUUCAGAAAGAAGUAACUGAAUGAAAAAUGAUUAGAAACUGAUGCUCUAAAAAUUUUGAAAUUGUUUGAGAUUUUGAUACAAAGCCAAGAAGGAAAAACGAAAAAUGAAAAACAUAAUCACAAGCUUUGUGCUCUCAAAAAUUGAAAAAAAUUGAAAUCAUAAUGCUGUCGUUUGAGAAAAACCCUCAUUAAAAAAAUUUAACAAUAAAAAUGCAAUCGUCAUAGUGAAUUUUUUUGCUCAAACAAAGUCUUAAAUUUUUUCAGGUGAUAAAGGCUCGGUAAAACCUCCUGGUAGCCGAGCGGCGACGUUGGCCGAAGCUCAUGCCAGCAGCACAAAUCGCAGGGGCUGACGCUCUUGGUUUGUUUUUCUGACCAUUCGCAGUAGAAAUUUCAAAAAUUACUUUUACAAAAGUCGUUUCAAAAACUAUUCAAAGUCUCAACCAGUGAAAAUAUUCAUUUUCGGACCGAAGAUCCCUCAAGCCAAGUUUUUUUCAAACAGUGAGCCAUUGGUUCAAGGAAAACUAAGAAAAAUAGAAUUAUCAUAAUUUUAUUAUCGUAGCUCAAAGGCCGUAAAAAAAUGUAUGACCACCAAAAAAAUGAUUGUUUGAGGUUCUGAAAAAAUGAUAAGAAAAAGGAAUAACUGAAUAAAUUAUCAAAUUUCAGCCGAACUCGUCCGCCAACAGGCUCACUACCUCCUGACCGGCAACUUGGAGGGCAAGUUCAACGAGCUCUGGUCUGGAAUCAUCGAAUGCGUCGACAAGUCAAACAAGAGUUAA